UACUAAGUAAUGUGGACUUCCGGCUUAAUGAAUAACAGCCAGGCUGUGAGAGAAUCGUGGAGGAAUUCUCUAGAAACGUCUGUAAAUAUAAAUUACAAUCCUGGUGACGAAAGAGGCGAUAAUCUAGGAUAAAUCUGCUCUGUGUUAAGACAUUUUAAUAUCGGAAAUCUAAGAAAUGGUAAAAGAGACGGGUUAUUAUGACAUACUUGGUGUCAAGCCAACUGCCCAACCUGAUGAAAUCAAGAAGGCUUACAGGAAACUAGCAUUGAAGUACCACCCAGAUAAAAAUCCAGAUGAACCAGAAAAGUUCAAGUUGAUCAGCCAAGCCUAUGAAGUUCUGUCCGACCCCAAGAAACGUGAUAUUUACGAUGAGGGUGGGGAAGAGGCCAUCAAAGGGGGAGGAAGUGGGGGUGAUUUCCACAACCCCUUUGACAUUUUUGAUAUGUUCUUUGGUGGAGGGGGAGGAAGGAGGGGUCGGGGGCCCUCAAAGGGGAAAAAUGUGGUUCAUCAGCUCCAGGUCAGUCUAGAGGACUUGUAUAAUGGAGCCACCCGCAAACUGGCCUUGUCCAAGAAUGUCAUCUGUGAUAAAUGUGAAGGUCGUGGAGGUAAGGAGGGUGCUGUACAGAAGUGUACGAACUGUAAAGGAAGUGGAAUGCAGGUCAAGAUCCACCAGCUAGGUCCCGGUAUGGUUCAACAGAUCCAGACCGUCUGUAAUGAGUGUUCUGGUAAAGGAGAAAACAUCAACCCCAAACACCGGUGUAAAACCUGUCUCGGAAAGAAAGUGAAUAGAGAGAGAAAGAUUCUGGAGGUUCAUAUUGAUAAAGGCAUGAAAGACGGUGAGAAUAUCCGAUUCGCGGGAGAAGGGGACCAAGAGCCGGGAUUAGAGCCGGGCGACAUCAUCAUCGUCCUGGACGAGAAGCCGCACGACGUCUUCCAGCGGCGGGGCCAGGACCUGGUGAUGACCAUGGAGCUGGAGUUGGUGGAGGCACUGUGUGGCUUCCAUAGGACGAUCACCACCCUGGAUAAAAGAACCCUCGUCAUCUCCACCAUUCCUGGUGAAGUUGUGAAAACCAAUGAUCUCAAAUGUGUAAUGAACGAAGGAAUGCCCAUGUACAAAAAUCCAUUUGAAAAGGGCCGGUUGAUAAUCAAAUUCGAUGUGAAAUUUCCCAAAAACAUGAAAAUUGAACAAAUUCCGGAACUGGAGAAAAUAUUGCCACCGCGUAAAGAACCCACAUGAACAAUAGGUAGUUCUUUGACCACCACGUACAUUUUAAUAGCCUCGAUCUUCAAAUUUAAGGAAUACGAACAAAAACGUCGCCGAGAAGCUUAUGAGGAUGAUGAUGAUGACGAUAUGCACGGGGGUCAAAGAGUUCAAUGUGCAUCUCAUUAGUGAUGUAAAUUGUGUGGGGCAGGGAUGGGGUGUUUGAUUAUUUAAUUUGAAAUAAAUUGUAAAAACAAAAAAUUGUACAAAAAUGUAAAAAUGUGUGUUGUGUGUUGUGUUUGUGUGUGU